UAAUUGCAGAGGGAAUCACUGCACUGCGCUGCGAGCUGCCAGCCCACUCUGCUGCCUCGGACGAAGAGAUGGAGGUGAUGGACAGCUGCCAGUUCUCCCCAUCCGAGCUCUUCUAUGACAGCUCCUGCCUGUCGUCCCCUGAGGGUGAGUUCCCCGAGGAUUUUGAGCCAAGGGAGCUGCCUCCCUUUGGAGCCCCUGUGCCCACUGAGCCUGCCUGCCCUGAGGAAGAGGAGCACGUCCGGGCCCCCAGUGGACACCACCAGGCUGGCCACUGCCUCAUGUGGGCUUGCAAAGCCUGCAAGAGGAAAUCCACCACCAUGGACCGGCGGAAGGCAGCCACUAUGAGGGAAAGGAGGAGGCUGAAGAAAGUAAACCAAGCAUUCGAGACCUUGAAGAGGUGCACCACAGCCAACCCCAACCAGAGACUCCCCAAAGUGGAGAUCCUGAGGAACGCCAUCAGGUACAUCGAGAGCCUCCAGGAGCUCUUAAGGGAACAGGUGGAGAACUACUAUCACCUGCCGGGACAGAGUUGCUCUGAGCCCACCAGCCCCAGCUCCAGCUGCUCCGAUGGGAUGGCGGACUGCGGCAGCCCGGUCUGGCCGGCGAGAGGCAGCAGCUUCGAGGCGGGGUACUGCCCCGAGAUGCCCCACGGUUACGCGGCGGAGCAGAGCGGCGCGCUGUCCAGCCUGGACUGCCUCUCCAGCAUCGUGGACCGCCUCUCUCCGGCAGAGGAGCCGGGGCUGCCCCUCCGCCACGCCGGCUCCCUCUCGCCAGGCGCCAGCAUCGACUCGGGGCCCGGGACGCCCGGCUCGCCGCCUCCCCGACGGACCUACCAGGCGCUAUGAAGGGCCGGGGACACCGCCCGUUCCGGGGCUGACCCCGGCUGCCCUCUCGUCCGGCCUCCCCGCAAAAGCUCUC